GACCUCCCUCCACACUACGACUCUUCCCCAACACAGCUAUCACCCACAAAGACACCUCUCCUGUCGCGCGAGACCCUCUGAGACCUCUGACGGCCGGCUCAGAUGCGCUGAGAGCCGCAGUGCCCAGAGGCUGCGUCCGACACCUGGCUAGUACGCAACAACACCACGACGACACCAUGGCCGACCUCGCCGAGUUCAUGCCUGCGGUCGAGGCAUCGAAGCCGGACGCAGGCACCACAAAGGACACGCCGUCGGGCCCUUCGGCGGAAACGACCAACAAGUUCCAGGACGCAAUCGCAGCAUGGAGAGCCAUCGACCUCACCAACCUCAUCCAGACUCUCGACAACACCGCCUCCGACAUCGUAUCCUACCAGCGCGACUCAACUGUGCAGCGCAAAGAUCUCGCCCAGAAGACCAAGGACUUUCGAAAGCUUGACGAUGCUGCAAAGCUGACGGAGAUAAAGGGUCUGCUGAAAGCGUACCAGACUUUCAUCGAUCUUCUGACGAACCACUCAAAGUCCACAAACUCGGCCUUCCUUCAGGUGUAUUCGGCAUUUGAGAAUGCCCCGGAUCCGUAUCCGCUUCUCGAAGCUUCGGUCGAUUCCAUGCUUGUGUCCGAGGACACACUGCCAAAACUCACACAGGAGAACGAGCACCAGCAAAAGAGCAUUUCAAAACUCACUACCCAGCUUGAGGACACGGAGACGCGGCUGCAGACAGAAACUACUAAUCGCAAGGACCUCGAGAGGAAUCUCGAAACCAAGGUCAAGGAAGUGGAACAGACAUGGACUGCACUGCUUGAGGAGUCCAAGGAAAACUGGGAGACCAAGGAGAUUGCGCUCGAGGAGAAGAUUGAGAGCCAGGAUCGAUUACUCACGGAGAUCAAGGCCAGCUACGAGGUCAACCAACGACUCAAGGGCUCAGAAGAUGCCGAGGCCGAUGGCGCUCGCGGACACGUCACGAGCGCUGAACUAGACAUGGUCAACUCGGAUCUCGAACGUACGAGUGCUCGGCUCGCCGAGGUCGAGGCGCGAAACGAGCAAUUGCGUCUCGACUUGGCUCAGGCCAAGUCGCAGCUCCCUACCCAGGCACCAUCACCCGAGGAUGACCCGAGCUUCAUGCGCAUGAGAUCUGAGAACUCUUCAUUGAUACGGAAGCUUGAUGCUUCACGGCUAGAGAAGGAGGCGUUCAAACGUGACAUCGAUACAAAACUCCGGGGUCUGGAGCGAGAAGUAGGCCUGCUUAAGGACGAGCGGGAUAGUCUGAAGACCAAGGUUCAGAAGUGGAGCGACUACGAAGAUGUGAAGCAGGAGCUGGAGGUGUUGAAGAGCAUUGAGUUUGCGACAGGGGACGAUGACGACGUCUUGGCGAGCGAGGAGUCGAAUGGUGCCACCACGAAAGCGAAGGGCGACACAUUAGAGCAGUUGCUGCUUGCCCGGAACAAAAAGCUCAGCGACGAGCUUACCAUUCUUAGAGUCUCCCAUCAGGAUCUUCAAGGACGACUUGAGAACCUGCAGGAGGAUAUGUCAAGGACCAACGCGGACCUGGAGCGUGCCCAGAACCUGAACGCGCAGCUUGAGAAUGACCUGGCGAAUCUGCAGGCUGAGGGCCAGAAUCACUUUUCCUCUGGGGCUUCUGUGGCAGGAACGUAUGCAAAGUAUGCUCCAUCAUUGGCCCCAGGUAGGCGCGGCGGAAGGACAUCACCGACGUCGUCUAUCAUUUCUGGAUUCAAUCCGCGGGACGGUGGCGGUGGCGAGGCCAUGGGUGGCGGCUCGGGUAUAUUGCCCAUGAUCACUGCGCAGCGCGACCGCUUCAAGCAGCGGAACGCGCAGCUCGAGACCGAGCUCUCGGAAACACACAGGUCAAUAUCGCAAUUGCGGCAGGAAGUCGCGGCGCUACAAAAGGACAACCUGCAGCUAUACGAGAAGACUCGCUAUGUUUCCUCUUAUAACCGGGGGGCCUCAGCUACGUCGUCCUCGGCGUACUCGUCGAACCCGAACCCUUCAACGGUGGCAAUAGGCGGCAGUGGCAACCCAGGCAUCGCGCUGGACCGGUACAAGCAGGCAUAUGAGGCCAACAUCUCUCCAUUUGCGGCGUUCCGGGGCCGGGAGUCGGCCAGGGCGUACAAGCGCAUGAGCCUGCCAGAGCGCGUCGUAUACUCGAUCACGAGGAUGGUGCUCGCGUCGCGGACGAGCAGGAACUUGUUCGCGGCGUACUGCCUGGCCCUGCAUGUGCUGGUCUUCCUCUCAUUGUACUGGAUGGGCACAGUGGACGUGGAGCAACAUGGCAGCCAUCUGGGUCAGGCUGCAGCUGCAGCGGCCGGAGCAGGCGCGGCUGGUGUUCGGGGCGGCGGAGCCGGAAGUGGAGGAGGAGGAGGAGGAGGAGGAGGCAACGGCGCGGCAGCAGGGCACGGAGCGUGGCAGCAAGAUGCCUUCAACGGACAAUGACACUGACCGCUAGAGUGGUCGCAUGGUAUUCGCAAGAGAUAGAGUGAGCAAGCAAGGUGAACAAUGCAGUCGCAACCUAUAGCACGCCA